UCAUCAUUCCAAGGUUUCUGAUUGAGCCAGAGAGUUAGUAAUGGCUUGUUGCAUUAGUUGGGCUGAGGACGAAGUUGUUUCUACGAGCUUUUAAGUUUUCUUCUUUGAUUUGUGCUUAGUAGCCUUCUGUGUUUUCUGGAGAUCCACUCCUUCGCCCAGCGUUCUCUCUCAGGAACUCCGAGGACCACUCGGCGCCAUGAACUGGGCAUUCCUCCAGGGUCUUCUAAGCGGCGUCAACAAAUAUUCGACAGCAUUUGGGCGCAUCUGGCUCUCCGUGGUCUUUUUGUUCCGCAUCAUGGUGUUCGUGGUGGCUGCAGAGAAGGUGUGGGGUGAUGACCAGAAGGAUUUCACGUGUAACACGGCACAGCCGGGUUGCCACAACGUAUGCUACGACCACUACUUCCCCAUCUCACACAUUCGCCUGUGGGCUCUGCAGCUGAUCUUCGUGACGUGUCCGUCACUGCUGGUGGUGCUGCACGUCGCGUACCGCGAGGAACGCGAGCGCAAACACCGUGCCAAGAACGGCAAAGCUUGUAGCCGGCUUUAUCAGAAUACAGGCAAGAAGCGUGGCGGACUCUGGUGGACCUACGUGCUCUCGCUGGUCUUCAAAAUGGGUGUAGACGGUUCCUUUGUCUUCCUGGUGUACUAUCUGUACGAGGGCUACGACUUCCCGACGCUGAUUAAGUGUUCGGAGACGCCGUGCCCCAACGUUGUGGACUGCUUUAUCUCCAGGCCCACCGAGAAGAGGCUCUUUACACUCUUCAUGGUGGUCACCAGUGUGGUGUGCAUCCUGCUCUCGCUCUGCGAGAUCCUCUACCUGGUGGGCAAGCGAUGCCACGAGCGCAUCCAGAAGUUCAAGGGUUCCAGGCAGGUGGCUCGUGCCACCUCCAUUCACAGCACCAAGAACCCAAAUUUACUGCUGGAUGGCAAUCAGCAGAGGGGAAAAGUGCCGUCAUACGCGGUCUCGCUAGCACAAUGAGGAACUGGAGAGGAACCGGAAAGGAACCUGAGACGGACUUGACACAAACUCAACACACAGGAUGAUGGUGACCAGUAACUCACGGUGUUUUACCAAAUGGGUUUCGCAAUCCAGUAGUGAGACUGAGACUGAGAAUUGGUUUAAUCUUAAGGAGGUUUAUUUCAAAGAGCGAUCUAGAUGGACACACAGAGAUUUGAACAUAAAUUUGACCGUAUCUUGUGGCAGUUUGCCGACCGUUUCUUCCUCAUACCGCUCAGUCACUCGGAAUGGGGUGUAGCUCUGUUACGCACAUUUUUAACAUGCAUCUACACGUUCAAGCCUUUCGCCUUUCGGGAACGUUCCGAAGCUUUUGGGGCUUUGAAUCAACUUCAACCAGGAUGAAAAGCAGGCGAGGCCCUCUGUUUAAACCCGAAGCCGCCAGUGUCUCAUUCUCGACUCGGGAAAGAAAAGAAAAGUGUGUAAAUACCGAAAGACGAUCGUCUCACACCCUAAAGCGAGGAAGAGUCUGUCCUGAUUUUUCCCGUUUUUAUCAGUCGGUAUCGCGUUGCGUUUUUUUUUUCACGCGGUGCCGUAGUUGCUCAGAUAUUUAAGUUGCGAAUAAAAAUUUUUUUUAAAAGUAUUUAAAAAAAAAAAAGAGAGAGAGAGAGAAAAAUCAGCAGUAUGUUUAAAAGCGAAGGUUCGAGGUACUGAAUGCUAGCUCUCAUUUCUCACAACAAAUGAGGAAUAAAGAGGCAGGUAGCGUGUACGGAGGAGCACUCACGACGUGAAACUUUCUCUCGGACAAAUGUAUCUUAAACGUGCGUAAAAUCUCAAAACGUUCCUUAUUCGGGGGCGUCCAUGGGAGUGAUAAAAGGGUAUACGCUGUACACAUCUGCUCAUCAUUUCGUGUCCGUCACACGCAAAGAACGGGUCCCGGGAGCUCGUCAUUUUUUGGCAGGACAUAUCAACUAGAAUCCCGUUGUAACCAAAGAAGCUCGAUGACUCAUCUGUACCAUUACGUCCGAAUCUGGUUUGUCUUUGGAGGAAACCAGAAGCCUUUGGUCCACAGAGGCUGCUUGAGGUUUGCGUUAGUCGCUAAGCUUGAAUGGUGCUUUGUUUAGUUUCAAAAUGUGUCUCACAGCAUUCCUCUGAGAACAAGCACAACCCCACACCAGCUUGUGAAAUAUCCAUGCAUUGUUUUGGGUUUUUUUUUAAAUAUAUAUAUACACACUCCUGUGAAAAAAUAAGUACACCCCACGGACAUUGUCGGCUUUUUUUUUUUUUCUUCUAGCGCUUAUUAAUAAAGUUGAUAUACCUGAACAAAACCACAAGGGAAAUUAGCGCUAUCAAUUAUUUAUCCAGCAGAAAUAUCAAUAGAUGUGAUCUUCUUCUGCGGAAACAAGUAAGUACAGCCUUGGCUUCAGAAGCGAGUAUCGCCCGCUUUAGCAGAAAUCACGUCUCGCGGGUGUUUUUGUAUAAUUCUCCACCAGGGCUUGCUGGGGUUUCUGACCGCUCUUCCAUGCACUAUUCUUUCAGUUGCAAGGUGUUUGAGGGUUUUCUUGCAUGCUCUGCCCCGUUUCAAACCCCCUCACGACAUUUCAAUGGGGUUCAUUUCAAUGGGAUUCAAAUGGGUUUGCUCGUGUGCUUAGGAUCAUUAUCCUGUUCAAAAGUCCACUUUCGGUUCAUCUUCAGCUUUCGGACAGGCGGCCUCACGUUACCUUCGAGCACUCUUUGAUAUGAUGCAGAAUUCAUAGUUGAAUCAAUGAAUGUAAGCUGUCCAGUCCCCGAGGCAGCGAAGCAACCCCAAACCAUAACAUUUCCACCACCGUGCUUCACAGUUGGUAUGAGGUGCUUCCCCUGAAAAGCCAAACAUUUCUGCUGUUACUGUGACCAAACAACUCUAUCUUUGAUUCGUCUGUCCAGAGCACGUUAUUCCAAAAGGCCCGGUCUUUACCUAUACGCUCAUCGGCAAACUGUAGUCUUAUAAAGGCUUUUUCCUGGUACGCCUCACAUGCAGGUCAAAUCUGCGCAAUCUCUUCCUGAUUGUAGAAGCGUCCACUUUGACACCAACAGUUGCGAGACUUACUAGCACAUCCUGUGAAGAAAUUCGGACGUCCAGUCCUGGACGAAUGGGCAGUCGUUCAUCGAAAUGAUUUUCCGUACAGUGCAACGAUGUAUUUCAAAUAAUUUGGAGAUCUUUUUAAAUCCCUCGCCAGACUCGUAGGCAUCCAAGACCUUUUUUUAUCUGAAGGCCUCUAAAGAGUUCUGAAGAACUCUUUAGACCUUGGCAUGAUGACACCACACCCCUCAAUAACAAAGGGAAGACCAGACCCUAGAUAUGAGAGGGGUAUAAAUAAGACCGGUUCCACCUGCACUCCCUAAGCAGGUUCUAAUCACCGGAGCACAAUCUUCAACACCUGAUUCUGAUUUUAUGGAUUUGAAGGUGUGAGAAAUGAAGGGGUGUACUUACUUUUUUUCCAUGGGACUGAUCUGUUUUUUUUUUGGGGGGGGGGGGGUUCCUCAUUAAAAUUGUGAAAACUACUGCAAAAUGUCGAUUUUAUGUGUCAUUUGACAGAGUGUAUCACCUUUAUUACUAGGCACUGUUUCAAAGAGGAUCAAAUGUCUGCUUCUCCAAAUAUGUAAAAAAAAAAAAAAAAAAAAAAAAAAAGCCAACAAUUCCCAUAGGGUGUACUUAUUUUUUCACACGUAUAUAUUCUUGAACUGUUUACGAUCUGUUUAUAAUCGCAACCGAUGUCAGGUCGAGGAUGUAAACAAGUAUCUUACUGCCAAGCCUGCUGACUUCUUUUUUUUUUUUUUUUUUGCACAACUAUUUCUGGACGUUAUUUUACACACAAAUGUUGUUGUUGUUGUUUUGUGUAUGUGUAAUUGUUCAUACGUUCUUUUUUUUUGAUUGCAUACUUCGCGUUCCUUGGUUCACAUUCCUACAAGGAACCUUAAAUGCAGAAUCAUGUUCGAUAUUCCCGCGCUCCUCACGCCACAAGCUGUAGGUCCUCAGGGAAUUGUAUGCCUUCGAGAUCAUUAGAAAAAUGCUAUGGUUUUUAUGUGUGUGUGGUUUUUUUUUUUAAAAAAAAAAAAAGGAAACACAAUUCAGCAAUCGGAGAGCUCGAACUAUCUGUGCAUGAACUGAACUGUGUCGACCAGCAAGUCCUCCAGAUGUUGUUAAGAGAGGAAAGAAUUUGGGUUGUUUUUUUUUUUUUUUGGAGCUGGUAAGCGUGUAUCCUCCGAAUGUAAACCAGCCUCACUGUGGAUUUCCUCUCUUUGGCGUCCGUCUUCCCGGCAUUCCUUUUUAGGGUUUUUUUUUUGUUUGUUUGUUUACUCUGUGCUGCCUGAAAUGUUAACAUUUCUCAAUUAAAGCCAGUUUUCUACUUUA